AUGCGCGGAUCGAGCCAAGCCGAGCAAGACUUCCAGAAGCUUAUCCAACCACUCUACAAGGAGUGCUACAACAGUCAAACGCAACAUCUGAAAUCCUUCGCUAUUGAAAUCGAUCUUGUCGUACCACUCAGAGUUCUGAUCACCUACCACAGUAACGAAAAGGUUUGGGGGUUCAUCGACAAUGUCGCAAAGCUUUGCACGAAGCCCACCUUCAUUCCAGUGCUCAACCAAACCGUUUCUACACCUGGCCUGCCAACCAAUAUCUCACCUUACGCGUUUAUCCUAGCACAUGCUGUUCAGAUACUUCUUUUCGCCCCUCAAGAGUGGGACCCCGAUCGUGUCUACACCAGAGAUCUAGACGCUUACGCUCAUCGAUUUCCAACCCCUGAAACAAUCGGAGGUGGGACAACACCCGCUGUCGCUGGACUCUUCUCCAUGGAAGACCUCUACCGCGCGAUUCUCCUUUUCUACUACUUGCUCAAACGACAAAGUGCAUCGAAAUGGAUCACAAAGACUGCCCCAACGAGUUCGACUAAUGCUGACUUUCCAGGAUAUCAUGAUCCUACCUCCCCGCCAACUGAGCGCCCACAAGCCAAUGAAGUUGACGCUGUUGCAGUGAAUAAUGAAUCGGAUUCCGACGACCCUUUUGAAGAUUCAAGCGAAUCCGAAGGGCUCGACGAAGACGAGUAUGAAGACGAAGACGAAGAUGAAGACGAAGAUGAAAACAAAGGCGGUCAGCCUGGGGAAGGAAACGAUGAAUCCAAUCAUGGCGAUGAGGAUGAUAAUGAGUCCGAGCAGGCCGACGGAGAUGAAGAUGAACACGCAGACGCGCCUGAAAGCCUCAAUGAAACAGAAGCCAUUGCGGCACUCAAGACCAUCAGAAUCAACACUUUGAUUCUGGAAUCUCUUACAACCACACGUCCAUCGGAAAGUCUCUCCCAGCGCCUCCGGGAUUUGGGCAAGCCUAAAGCGCCUUCAAUCUCGUCAGAUGACCUUGCGUCAGAGCUUUAUUUCCUCCUUGAACGUCAUAUGCUGCCCGACUUUGGAUCCGAAGUCUCCACAUCCACAAAGAAUGACACACAAGUCCCGUUCGAUCUUGGAGUAUCGGACAUGGAGCAUCUGAUCAAGCUUCCGUCCAGCACCUCAGCAGAGUCGGAGACCACCCAGCCAUCACCCUUGGUCCUCGUUGAAGAGUGUCGCUAUCAGUGUGGUAUUCCACACUACCCUGAGAUCCACGACUUGGGUCACACGCAGCCAACAAGGCAAGGGAAUCAUCCCAUUUCAGAAUAUCUGAAACACCGCAAGGCUGUCUUGACUUCCUUCGACUGGCGGAACAAGAUCCUUCUCGAGUUGGAAGAGCCCCCCUUUCGGGCUACUGUCGACAACGCAAAGUCUGCUAUGAAAGAUCUUCUUAAUCCAGAAAUCGAGGAAUUCCAAAUCGCGGGGGUUGGGAGUGAAGAAGUAACUCCACUUUACAACGCGUAUAAACAGCUUCGCGAUGACCAGACGUGUGGCCUACGAUUGCUCUUCGACCAGGCCAUAGGACAAAGGUCCAGACAUGCACCAACCGAUAGGAUGGACUGCAUUCGCUGGGUUUGCUACUACAAUCCCAUCAUGACUCGAGCUCUGGAGGUGGCAAAUAAGUACUGCGGGGACGACAAGGAACGUCUUGUUGUAUAUGUCGAAGAUCCAUGGAUUCAUUGUAUCGCUGUGGCCUUGUUCGUCGUAGCAGGCUUCAAUGUUGGCAGUAUCCGGUCCUCAGAUACUGCCCAGGAGCAAGCCAAGAUCAUUGAGCAAUGGAAGAACAAAGCCUCCGGCUUGGAGAUCCUCGUUGCAAACCUGCAUACCAAGGUCAGGAAUAUCAACGUGCAUACAGACUGUACCAAAGGGCUGCUAUUGAAUUGGACCCUGGAACCAGAGCGCAUACUCAAGAUAAUCAACAACAUGAGCGACACCAGUCAUAAGAGAAAGUCCAUCUUUCACAUGGUCAAGGUCGCCGAUACCUACCACGAUGUUAUCGAGAGAGUCUGUUGCACAAAGUGGGCGAUGCAACUUUCCCAGGACAUCAAGCUCCCAGAGUGGAUGACAGGCGUCAUCCGCGAGAUCUGCAUCUUUGAGCUGAUCAAGUCAACUUGGCACCAGGAAUUCAACCGCUACGCCUGGGUGGUGGCACACGAUCUGAAAGCCCCUGACUUUGCGUAUCAUGAUCCCAAGUGGUGUCAACUUGGCCAAGUCUUCUCGAUCGUGGCGAAACUGGUGCUUCACCACCCUGAAGACAAGGAGUUCUGGGUAGAGAGCAUGCCUAUCCUCGUUGAACUCUGUUUCCACUUCAAUGAUGCAUUCGAUGUGUCGGAUUCUCUUGGACAUCGGUUAUGCCUGACAUCCGAAGAUAUGAGAACGUCGUUUCUCCCGAUAUUCAAGGGGAUUAAAAGCGCGCGGGCAGCGGUCGAUGAUGAACUGGCGUCUGAGCGACGAGAGAUGCUGCAACGUGGUAUUGAAGCCAGAGCUGGAGAUGACGAGACAGCCGCUGGCCGUGGUGAGAAGCGCAAGACGGGCGAUGAUGGUGAGGGUGGCGCGAAGAAGCAAAAGACAAGCGCUGCUUAG